CGGCCACAGGCGGAGGGAUACGUUACCAUGGGAACGCCACGGUCCCGCUUCUGAACCUAUGGCUUUCCCAAAGGCAACCUGCCCCCCCACCCUUUCCCUCUCCCUUUUGACAACUCUCCUGGUGUUCCUUCCGUACCCCCUACCCUUUCGUCCCUACCCCUUUUCAAUUUGCCCUAAUCUUGGAACACUCAUCGCUAGUAAUCUUGGUACAGGCCUCUCGGAAGGGGGACGCGCCCCGGGACGCUGAGUACUACCGUCCACUUGCCCACCUCCAUCGACCCUCAGAGCCCCUCCGGAACCAGUCACCAAUUUGUUACCAGCAAGCAGAUGCAGAUGGCCUACUGCUGUGUCUCACAGCUGCUCACCUGUUCACCUCCAUUUUGAGAGCAACACUUCAGGCUGUGUGUGAAAGCAGAGACCUGAUCUGAAGAGCACAGCUGCCCUAGCUACAGCUACCUCACGGUGCCUCAGGUAUUGCCGUCUCUAGGUGCGGAAGCAGACAUGCCUCUUGUUCUAAGAAAAAGAGAAAAGGGUCAAGAAGACAACCCUAAUACGUCACUUACUCUAAGUGAGAGAGAAACUGACAGGGAGAUCAAGUUAAGACGAUCGCUUCCCAAGAGAGAAAGUGUUCAGGAGGACAAGUUUGAAGACGCCUAUGAGAUUAUCCCUGUGGCCACCACGAUGAAUCUGGUGUCUUCCUUGGAAGAAUGUACAACUGGAUUGUACUUAUUUCUAAAUAACAGAUUCUCAAAUGCAAUAAAUCUCAUUCAGCCGUGGUCUAAAAACAGUAUAUACCAUGCCCUAAUAUACGGUAUGCUUAUGGUGGUCAAGGCCGUCCUGACUUUUGAUCCAGAAGACAUACGGAUUGGAAUGACUGCCGCCAGUGAAGCUUUGAAAACUUGUAACGGCUUCCGAAAAAAAACAAGGAUCCUUUCUUUACCCCACCUAGUAAGCAGACAGGGAGUAAGCGCCGUCACAGAAGAGGAACUGCAUGCCGAAGUCUGCUACGCGGAGUGCCUGAUCCUGAAAGCUGCUAUAACGUUUAUACAGGUCGACAGCUUGCUUAGUUUUGUUAAAAGCGGGAUAAACAUUGGGACAAGUUACCAGAUAUACAAAGACUGUCAACAGGUGGUAGCGUUUCUGUCUAACUACCAAGGCAAAGCCCGCAGGCACCUGGUGGGAGGGAUCAAGUUUGGACUUGGAGCGUUCAAUUUGAUGUUGUCCCUUGUCCCACCGGGGAUACUUAAACUGCUGAAUAUCGUGGGCUAUUCUGGUGACAGAGAGGUAGGCUUGGCUUUGCUUCAUGAGAGUGCAUCUGAACCCCACAUAAAUAAUAUUUUAAGUGUUUUGACGCUACUCUUUUAUUACAAUUACAUUUAUGUAGCUUUUGGUGUGGAAAAUGUUUCCAGUCCCACUACAGAGACUCUCCUCCUGACCCAUCUGCAGAAGUUCCCAAACUGUGUUAUACUUAAAUUUUUUCACGCACGCUCCUGUAUGUUGAGAGGAAAUUUCGAAAAGGCACAGCUGAAGUUACAGGACUGCAUUUCCAUUCAGAGCGAAUGGAAGCAGGUUCACCACCUCUGCUGCUGGGAGCUCAUGUGGUGCCACAUUUUUAUGCAGAACUGGAGGCAGGCUCUCCACUGCGCCCACCUUCUGUACCUGCACAGCACGUGGUCCAAGGCCACCUACACCUACAGCAAAGCCGUGAUACUGGCUCUGCUUCCUUCCGAUUUCGCGAGAGCAGUGAAAGAGGACACGAACUCUCUCUUCUUAAAUGUGGAUAGCUUAAGAAUCAAAAUUUUAGGCACUCCUGGGCCAAUAGAACAGUUUGUUGCCGAGAAAGGGCAGCGCUACGGUAGGACUGCGGGCUGGUUUACGGCACAGCCCCUUCUGGAAUUCAUUUACGCCUGGAGCGGAUUCCGACUCAUGAGCAAGAGGCUAGAACUCAUUUCAAGCUGGCUGUCCAUAAUCGACAGAGGAAAAGACCUUUUGCAAGAAAAUCCGAAUGAGGAGUACAGGACAGAUGACGUAAGUUUGUUAAAUUUGUUGAAAGGUCUGUGCCUGAAGCACUUAGGCAAAUAUCCGAAGGCAGAGCACUACUUUAACCGUGUUAUUCAGAAGGAGAAGUCGUUAAAAUAUGACCACUACUUGGUGCCAUACACGCACUAUGAACUGGGAAUUCUGCACUAUCUCAGAGGAGAUUACGCCAGCGCCACGAAAAGCCUGGACAACAUAAAGAACUACAGAGACUACCCCAUGGAAGCUCCCUUACAGUUCCGGACUCAUAUAGCCCUGGGGCAAAUAGCCAAAGAAAAGUGAUUAAGCACAGAGGGUGUUUAGUGUGAGUGAAAUACCACAAUCAGCAAGAUAAUGAGCAGGUAGGAAAAUAAUACUUUCUUUGUGGAAAAAAAAUCCAUGAGGCGACUGCUAAGCAUCUGAUCAGUAGCAAGUAAGAAAGGAACUGGCCAGUUCUUUUCCUUCUUUCCUUUUCCUUGCCUGUAAAAAUAUAUGCCUUAC